CGGUCUGCCCCUCCAUCGCGCCAUUAGUACAGCGCCCGCGCGCGCACUCGCACGUAUCGCGUCGACUCCGCGCUCGCUCUCAAUAAAUAAACACUCGACUCUAUGUGUAUACAAGCGUACGAAGAAACAUGCACUUUUGUAUUAAUUUGCAAAAUUGGUUUUACCAAGAGACCAUCGCGACGGUGGAUGCUGCCAGCGCUGCAGCACGGCGGCGCAAGCCCCGCGAUCGACGGCGCCCCCCGACCUCGCCGCCGUCGCCGUCGACGCCCCAGAGAAUCUCUACCGAAGAACUAGUGGAGGCGCUCCGCCCGCACCUCCUCUCGCCGGAGCGUAUGUGGGCGCUGGGCUACCCGCUGGAGAUCGAGCCCAACUCGUCGAAGGCUGUUGUGUACAUCAAUCCUCCGCCGCGGUCAAGAACGACCACUUUGCGCUAUACGGCGUGGGAUGUGAAUGCGCCGGAGUUCGUUCCUGGCGGCUCUCAAGGUGACAGUGGACGGGGAUCGCUGGGCUCCAGCCCGCGGUCCGACAGUGAUGAGGAAGCCGAUGCAGUGGAACAUUUGUGUGUGCGUUGUGACAAAAUGUUUCGAAUGACUCGUGAGGGUGAAUAUUUGUCUGAGGAGUCUUGUUUGUAUCAUUGGGGCCGCUGCAGUGGUGACUACCGACACACUUGCUGCAACGCCCCGCUGGGUGCUCGAGGAUGCAGCUCCGCCCGCUUCCACGUAUGGAGUGGCACUCGCCCCGGCAUGAAUGGCCCUCUCGAAGGAUAUGUGCGUGCACGCUCACCUCGUGGCGGUGUUUACGCCAUCGACGCUGAGAUGUGCUACACGACGGCGGGAUUCGAGCUGGCCAGCAUCGCGGUCAUCGCUGCUGAUGGUCGCCUGGUAUACAGAUCAUUGGUGAAACCUAGUUCGCCCGUUGUCGACCAUAACACACGCUUCUCGGGCAUCAGGCCGCGCGACUUGGCGCGCGCGACUAAGACGCUCCGGGAUGUGCAGAAUGAUAUUCUUGGAUUUGUCGGAACAGAUACUAUUUUGAUUGGGCACGCGCUGGACAACGACCUGCGCGCAUUGAAGUUGCUUCACGGAGCCGUGGUGGAUACGUGUGCACUGUAUCCACACGCGCGAGGCUUCCCGUUGCGGCGGUCGCUGCGUGUCCUGUGCGAGGAGCUGCUCGGGCGCAGCGUGCAGCGAGGCAGCGCCGGCCAUUCUCCUCUGGAGGAUGCGCGUGCGGCUAUGGAUCUAGUACUGCUCAAAGUACACGAGGAACGUGCAAAACGAACACGCAUUACAACACAGUUGUCUAUGUUGCAACCGUAUGAUCCCUUAAUCAGUGCCGCCUAAAUUCCGAGUGAUAAGUGAAGUGAUAGACGACUACGCUAUGGACAUGAAUUCUGGUUAGGCUCAAUAUGAAUGAACGGUUUCGUAAAGUGACAUAGAUACGUUACGUUGACGGAGCGCGCGUACGUUUUCAGCGUAUGUGCCUUCGAAUUGCAUUACCGCAAUAAACGUAAUAUUUUUUUA